AUGCAUAGAACUUAUUCUUUAAGAUCCUCGAGAGCUCCAACUGCUGCUCAGUUACAAUCGCCACCUCCACCAACUUCGUCGACCAAGCAAAAGUUUUUUGGUAAAGGUUCGCUUUCUCACACUUUCCGUAAACAAGCUGCUGGUUCUAUGGGUCCAGAAUUGAGCAGAAAAUUGGCUGUUUUAGUCAAGAUGGAAAAGAACUUAAUGAGAUCUAUUGAAAUUACUUCAAGAGAAAGAAAGGAUGUUGCUAAGCAAUUAUCAAUCUGGGGUGAAGCUAAUGACGAAGAUGUCAGUGAUAUCACUGACAAGUUAGGUGUCUUAAUAUAUGAAGUUGGUGAAUUAGAAGACCAAUUCAUUGACAGAUAUGAUCAAUACAGAAUCACCAUCAAGUCAAUUCGUGACAUUGAAGGUUCUGUCCAACCAUCCAGAGACAGAAAGCAAAAGAUCACCGACCAAAUUGCUUACUUGAAGUACAAGGACCCACAAUCGCCAAAGAUUAAUGUUUUGGAACAAGAAUUGGUCAGAGCUGAAGCCGAAUCUUUAGUUGCUGAAGCCCAAUUAUCCAACAUUACCAGAGAAAAGUUGAAGACUGCUUUCAACUACCAAUUUGACUCCACCAGAGAACACGCCGAAAAGAUUGCUCUUAUUGCUGGUUACGGUAAGGCCUUAUUGGAAUUAUUGGACGAAUCCCCAGUUACACCAGGUGAAACCAGACCAGCUUACGAUGGUUACGAAGCUUCUAAGCAAAUCAUUAUUGAUGCUGAAAACGCUUUAGCCUCUUGGACUUUUGACUCUGCCGUUGUCAGACCAACCUUAUCGUUAGCUACUCACGAACACGACGACGAAUACGACGUUGACGAAUUAGCUGAAGAUGCUAGAAACAUGCAAGUCACUGAAAAGGAAUGGGAAGACGAAAACAGAGUUACUGCUUGA